AUGGUGGGAACCAGUGCUGGACUAAGGAGAGCUACUUUGGCCAGGUCCCAGCUGCCAGAAACACUGCAUCACGGGGAUCCAGCCUGCCAUGGCCGAGCUGCUGCUGCCCUGCCGGGCCGUGCGCGGCCCCCAGUUCAGCCCCUUGAGGACAGGCAGGCUGCCCUGCAGCAGAACCCGGUCCAAGGGGAUAAGAUCUGGAGAGAGACAGUGGAGGCUGAGAAGCGAGGCAGAAAAAGCUGGUAUCAGAAUUGGAGUUUCCUAAAGGACUACGACCAAAUGGGUAAAAAAAGGGAGCAGAAGCCACUGCCAGACUAUGUGCCUGUGUUUUCAGACAAAGUUCCCAACUCCACUAACCAGAUUAUUGGCAGUCGAAUAAAUACUGAACCUGGCAAGACUUUGGUAAACAUGGAUUACUUCUUCAGUAGCGGAAGACGAAAGAAGAAACUUGAGGAUGAGCUCCUGCCUUUUUAG